AAAAAACGUUAUUUUCAAUAAAAUUGACGAAGCGACGACUCAUUUUUGAAUUUUUAUCAAAAUAUUUCAUAAUUUUCGCGAUAAAAAUGUACAGAAAAGUUAACCGGUAGCUUAUUUAUUCAUUUAAAACCAAUUACUCGCCAUUUAAACGAUUCUCGAGUGUGUAUUUUUAAUGUGUUUGUGGUGGACAUGAGAGAGGAGAAGUUCUAAGAUGAAAAAUAAAUCUGUCGAAUUCAACGUCGAAGUAAACGAUAUAAUAACACCUUCGUCAUGUUCCUCGAUGGUGAUAGAAUUCAUAAAAUAUAUAAUUUAUCAAAAACAAUUAAUACCCUACAAUUACGAACGUCUGAAGAUGUACGUUCCCAGAGGACAAACACUAGUGGAUUCGAUGAAGGAUUCAGAUCAAGGUGACCGUAGUUUUAGAUCGAAACACUUCGUAGUGCUGGAUAAAUACUUGCAUAAGACUCGAGAUGCGUAUAAUUCGUUAGAAAAGAUUUUCCACCUCAUUAACGAAGAAUUGACUUCAACCGGUAGCGAUAGAGUGGAAGAAAUAGUUAUUAUGCUGGGCACAUCGUUCCUAAAUCCUCAAGAAGUGUUUCGUAUUCGGAUACCAUCUCUUAACUAUUCGCAUCUAGAUAAACACCAUUCAACUCGUAAAAACUGUAGGAAUUUAUUCAGAUCGAUGAUAAAUUCGGAGCAAUUCUACGACUUAAUUAGCUCGAAUUGCACUGGUAAUUUACACGUGAUGUUGAAAAUGAAACCGGAUCAUUCGUUAAACUCGAAUUCAUUCAUUCUACGUAACGGAUUCCGUUUACCAACCAAAGGAAAACAAGCUGUAAUUACGUUUCAAGAAACGCACCACAAUCCGCAAUCUUGCUCGUGUUUUGAAAUAAAAAUUUACGAAGACGAUAGCACCUCGGAUAGUUUACCUUUAUCGCAGUCGUCAGAUUGCAGCACGACGACCGAUGUUUCGUCUUGUUGUAGCGAUACGAAUAGUUCGUCGAAUCCGAACGGUAGCUGGUAUCAAGUGAAAGAUACCUUGAGAUAUUUUAGCGACGUGAAAAUCGACGGAACUUCGGUCACAGAUAUUUGGAUGAAUCCGACGUUGUUGAAUAGCGGUAAAUAAUUAUUACUCAUCGGGGGUAGGUUUUUAUCAUAUUUUUUAUUUUGUAAUUAUGUAAAUUGCGUACCUAAAUGUUCUUUUUUAUCUGUCGACAUUGCUUUUUAUGUAUCGUAAGUAGCCAAAUUAUUUAAAUACAAUCUCUUGUAAACGAA